AAGCGUACGAGGUCUGGUGAAAAAGCUUUCGUAAUGAAGACGGUCUUUCUAUUCGUCAUUUUGUUUAUUGCUGAACUGCUGUUUUUCCAAAACACGGAAGCAGACGAAGCCUGCCUCAUAAAAACGCUCUUCCGAACGGUGUCUGAAUUGCAGGCGACUCUUGAGGAAACAAAAACGGACGUCAACGAUUUAAAAAAUGAAAUAGAGAAUGAAAAAGGAGAAAGAAUAAAGUUGGAGAAGUCGCACUUGGAAUUGAGGAACAUCACCGUUGACCUUCAAACAAAGGACAUGUCUUAUAAACAAAGCUCAAUGAAUCGCAUAGCUGAACUAGAAGUGCUGGUUGUGGUGUUACAGAAUAACUUGUCCAACAUUUUAUCAGAAGGAUCAGUUGGUGAUAAAGGACCACCUGGAGACAAAGGACAACCAGGAGAAAACGGAAUAACGGGUGACAAAGGCGAGGUCGGCGUCAAGGGUGGCAAAGGUGACUUCGGUGACAAGGGCGAAGUAGGCAUGAAGGGUGAUAAGGGCGAGCUAGGUGAUGAAGGCCCCGUCGGUGACAAGGGUCAAGGCGGCAUGCAGGGUCAGAAGGGCGAAGACGGUGAUAAAGGCCUGAUCGGUGAUUCAGGACCGGACGGAGAACAGGGAGAGGCAGGCGACAAAGGCCAGAUCGGUGAUCCAGGACUGCACGGAGAACAGGGACAGGCGGGCGAUAAAGGCUCGAUCGGUGAUCAAGGACCGCACGGAGAACAGGGACAGGCGGGCGAUAAAGGCUCGAUCGGUGAUCAAGGACCGCACGGAGAACAGGGACAGGCGGGCGAUAAAGGCUCGAUCGGUGCUCCAGGACCGCACGGAGAACAGGGACAGGCGGGCGAUAAAGGCUCGAUCGGUGAUCAAGGACCGCACGGAGAACAGGGACAGGCGGGCGAUAAAGGCUCGAUCGGUGAUCCAGGACCGCUAGGACCGCACGGAGAACAGGGACAGGCGGGCGACAAAGGCUCGAUCGGUGAUCCAGGACCGCUAGGACCGCACGGAGAACAGGGACAGGCGGGCGAUAAAGGCUCGAUCGGUGAUCCAGGACCGCUAGGACCGCACGGAGAACAGGGACAGGCGGGCGACAAAGGCUCGAUCGGUGCUCCAGGACCGCACGGAGAACAGGGACAGGCGGGCGAUAAAGGCUCGAUCGGUGAUCAAGGACCGCACGGAGAACAGGGACAGGCGGGCGACAAAGGCUCGAUCGGUGCUCCAGGACCGCACGGAGAACAGGGACAGGCGGGCGACAAAGGCUCGAUCGGUGCUCCAGGACCGCACGGAGAACAGGGACAGGCGGGCGAUAAAGGCUCGAUCGGUGAUCCAGGUCCGCUAGGACCGCACGGAGAACAGGGACAGGCGGGCGACAAAGGCUCGAUCGGUGAUCAAGGACCGCACGGAGAACAGGGACAGGCGGGCGAUAAAGGCUCGAUCGGUGAUCAAGGACCGCACGGAGAACAGGGACAGGCGGGCGAUAAAGGCUCGAUCGGUGAUCCAGGUCCGCUAGGACCGCACGGAGAACAGGGACAGGCGGGCGACAAAGGCUCGAUCGGUGAUCAAGGACCGCACGGAGAACAGGGACAGGCGGGCGAUAAAGGCUCGAUCGGUGAUCAAGGACCGCACGGAGAACAGGGACAGGCGGGCGAUAAAGGCUCGAUCGGUGAUCCAGGUCCGCUAGGACCGCACGGAGAACAGGGACAGGCGGGCGACAAAGGCUCGAUCGGUGAUCAAGGACCGCACGGAGAACAGGGACAGGCGGGCGAUAAAGGCUCGAUCGGUGAUCAAGGACCGCACGGAGAACAGGGACAGGCGGGCGAUAAAGGCUCGAUCGGUGAUCCAGGUCCGCUAGGACCGCACGGAGAACAGGGACAGGCGGGCGACAAAGGCUCGAUCGGUGAUCAAGGACCGCACGGAGAACAGGGACAGGCGGGCGAUAAAGGCUCGAUCGGUGAUCAAGGACCGCACGGAGAACAGGGACAGGCGGGCGAUAAAGGCUCGAUCGGUGAUCAAGGACCGCACGGAGAACAGGGACAGGCGGGCGAUAAAGGCUCGAUCGGUGAUCCAGGUCCGCUAGGACCGCACGGAGAACAGGGACAGGCGGGCGACAAAGGCUCGAUCGGUGAUCAAGGACCGCACGGAGAACAGGGACAGGCGGGCGAUAAAGGCUCGAUCGGUGAUCAAGGACCGCACGGACAACAGGGACAGGCGGGCGAUAAAGGCUCGAUCGGUGAUCCAGGUCCGCUAGGACCGCACGGAGAACAGGGACAGGCGGGCGACAAAGGCUCGAUCGGUGAUCAAGGACCGCACGGAGAACAGGGACAGGCGGGCGAUAAAGGCUCGAUCGGUGAUCAAGGACCGCACGGAGAACAGGGACAGGCGGGCGAUAAAGGCUCGAUCGGUGAUCAAGGACCGCACGGAGAACAGGGACAGGCGGGCGAUAAAGGCUCGAUCGGUGAUCCAGGACCGCUAGGACCGCACGGAGAACAGGGACAGGCGGGCGACAAAGGCUCGAUUGGUGCUCCAGGACCGCACGGAGAACAGGGACAGGCGGGCGACAAAGGCUCGAUCGGUGCUCCAGGACCGCACGGAGAACAGGGACAGGCGGGCGAUAAAGGCUCGAUCGGUGAUCCAGGUCCGCUAGGACCGCACGGAGAACAGGGACAGGCGGGCGACAAAGGCUCGAUCGGUGAUCAAGGACCGCUAGGACCGCACGGAGAACAGGGACAGGCGGGCGAUAAAGGCUCGAUCGGUGAUCAAGGACCGCACGGAGAACAGGGACAGGCGGGCGAUAAAGGCUCGAUCGGUGAUCUAGGACCGCUAGGACCGCACGGAGAACAGGGACAGGCGGGCGAUAAAGGCUCGGUCGGUGAUCCAGGUCCGCUAGGACCGCACGGAGAACAGGGACAGGCGGGCGACAAAGGCUCGAUCGGUGAUCAAGGACCGCUAGGACCGCACGGAGAACAGGGACAGGCGGGCGAUAAAGGCUCGGUCGGUGAUCCAGGUCCGCUAGGACCGCACGGAGAACAGGGACAGGCGGGCGACAAAGGCUCGAUCGGUGAUCAAGGACCGCUAGGACCGCACGGAGAACAGGGACAGGCGGGCGAUAAAGGCUCGAUCGGUGAUCAAGGACCGCACGGAGAACAGGGACAGGCGGGCGAUAAAGGCUCGAUCGGUGAUCCAGGACCGAAAGGAGAACAGGGACAGGCGGGCGAUAAAGGCUCGAUCGGUGAUCCAGGACCGCACGGAGAACAGGGACCGGCAGGCGAUAAAGGCUCGAUCGGUGAUCCAGGACCACAAGGGCCGCCAGGAGUGUAACAACGGCCACAAAGACGCUGUGUGCCAGAAAGAAAUAAUGAGCUAAAAUGGCUUGUGGAAACGUUUGUUUUUAAAUUUGUUGUCAUUAUUUUAGAAGGCUAGGAAUGCAAUUGACAAUCAUUAGUUUGUUUCAUUAUUUGUCAUUGAGUGGUUAAGUUUGACUUACUUAUUACGGUACGUGCCGACGUGUUUCUUUAUGUCGUUUUAUUGGUGGCACAGCAGUGGAACGCUAGGUGUCUUUUCAAUUUUGGUGUUUGGUUAAAUUGUAGUUGUAAGGUUUAUGUGUGGUAGAUUUAUUGUUUUAUUCAUAUGAAAUUCCCGAUUUGUUUCUUUUUCAAGUA